GCUUUCCGCUCGAAUUCGGUCGUGUCAUAGAUAGCCAUCUCCUGCGAGCGCUUUAGCACUUCGUUCCUAACGCGUGUAUCAAACGAGUUCUGAAAACGCUCACUUCAACUUCAAGUCGCUUGUUUGCUGCCCGUUGUAAUCUUCACGGCAAAUACUUUGCUAAAAUGCUUCAAAUGCGUUUGCAGCAAACGCGUGGGCAAGGGUUUGUGUCUCGGUGGUCAGGCUGUCCGGUGGUCCGCGCCUCGCGCGCGCGGCGAGGCGCUGUGGCAGUUCAUGCGAGCGCUGAGUAUGAGGCACUAAGGGGCAAGGUAGCCUACAAGGCAUCCAGCGGAGAUCCUGUGGAGAUCACGUCCAUGUGGGAGCCGGUCCUGGGCAGCAAGGCUGUGGUGGUGUGCCUCACCCACUUUGCUGACUUGACUUCAUGGGAGCUGGCACAGAAGCUUGUCAAGAUCAUUCCCACGCUGGAGGGGUCGGGCGUCAAGGUGGUGGUGUUGGGGCUGGGCAACGUCAACAAUGCGCAGGAGUUUGCCCGCAUCCUGAAGUUCCCCAUGGACCGGCUGUUCGCCUACCCUGCCGCGGACCUGUACCUGGACCUGGGCUUCAACCCCGGCUUCGCGCCGCAGCUGCAGGUGUCGCCCUACGUCAAGCUGCUGCCCAUGCUGGCGGGGGUGGGCUCGCCCGGAACCAUCCAGGAGGUGGUCCGGGGCUACGUGGGCGACAGCGCCGCGCCGCCCGUGUUCGACAGCCCCACGCCCUUUGAUGUCCUGGGCUCGGGCUACCAGCGGCCCUUUGAGCUGGCCACCCUACGGCUGUUCAACAUGAUGGGCAUACUGCCCAAGUGGCAGGAGCUGUGCCCUCCCGACACGGGCCUGCUGACUCAGCAGGGCGGCUGCCUGGUGUUCAGCGGCAGCAGUGUGGUGUUCAAGCACGUGGACAGCGGCAUCCUGCGCUACACGGAGCCCGACUCCAUUCUACAGGCGGCACUGCAGGCGGACUACACCUCCACCUCAUCCGCCAUCACCAGUCCCAACAGCCAGUCGGGCCCGACCCUGGAGGCGGAGGUGCAGUAAGCGCGGCGCCAGUUGAGGAUGGAGGGAUGGGACAGCAGCGGCUGCGGCUGAGGGGUGGAGUGCCCGCCAGGCCGGGGUGGCGGGGGUGCUCGGGCGCCGCCACGCGCGAGCUGAUGCACGCGCGGGCUGUGCUCUUGAUUAUGCCAACGAGGUGAAGUUUUGCCUCGCUUUCAUUAUUCUUGCAUUCGUGACUUCUUAGGCCAGGCGUGACCGGGUUGGUCUGUUCACGGAGCGAAGGGCGCUGGGAGCCAGGGAGUUCCUCCCCUGGGGCCGGGGUUCGUCGGAAUUGCCACCAGCCCCACUGCCCCAGAUAGCGUAGUAGCCGGUGGGUGCGGUGUGAGCGAUUUGAGGUUUUGAGCUGUGCAUGUUGAUGGGCGUACCGUACAUAUGUCAGAGCAUGUGUCGCGUCUUGGCCGUUGUUUCGCCUCCUGAUGUUGGCGCAAAGGAGCAGACCGCUGAAUGGCCAUCAAAUGUAAGACUACGUGUCA